CCCACAUCCGGCGGGACUCUAAUUUUACCGUUCCAACAAAUAAGAGCCGUCAACGACGCGUAUGUAAUGAGCUGACGGCGAGUUCAUGGGAGAUGAACGUCCCGGAGAGACCAUGGCUUCUCAGGAAGCCAUGGCUUGGCGUCACGAGGCCAUCAUGGGUUAUGAUACUGAUAGCCAUCACCCUUCUGGGACUAUCAUGGCUCCAGAUGAGUCCGACGAGGCCGGCGGGCGUCGCAACCCCGCCGGUCUCCGAAGACGCCGGUACCGGGCCGGUAGACCACCCGAGCAGCAGCUGCUCGGGCUUCUACCGGCCCGGCCGGUCGAGGAGGACGACUUUCUCGAUAGAGCAAUUCGGCGGGGUGGGGGACGGAACGACGUCGAACACCGACGCGUUCCGCAGGGCCGUGGAGCACCUGAAGGCCUUGGGCGAUAAGGGCGGGUCGCAGCUGACCGUGCCCCGGGGAAGGUGGCUCACCGGCAGCUUCAACCUGACGAGCAACUUCACCCUCUACUUGGAGGAGGGUGCAAUCAUCUUGGGAUCACAGGAUCCAAAUGAGUGGCCUCUGAUAGAGCCAUUGCCAUCCUAUGGGCGUGGAAGAGAAAGGUUAGGAGCACGCCACAUUAGCCUCAUUCAUGGAGAUGGCCUUAGCGAUGUUGUUAUCAUGGGACACAAUGGGAGCAUUGAUGGACGAGGGAGGAUGUGGUGGGAGCAGUGGUGGAAUAGAACUCUGAAACACACAAGGGGACACCUUUUAGAGCUUGUGAAUUCACACAACAUCCUCAUAUCCAACCUCACCUUCAUCAACUCUCCAUUUUGGACAAUCCAUCCAGUCUAUUGCAGCAAUGUGGUGGUAAAAAAUGUAACCAUACUGGCACCUCUCAAUGCUCCAAAUACUGAUGGUAUUGAUCCAGACUCAAGCUCAAAUGUGUGCAUUGAAGACUGUUACAUUGAGAGCGGGGAUGACCUGGUUGCCGUAAAGAGUGGCUGGGACCAGUAUGGGAUCGCCAUGGCCCAUCCUAGCUCAAACAUUGUUGUUCGCAGGGUCUCCGGCACAACUCCUACUUGCUCAGGGAUUGGAUUUGGAAGUGAAAUGUCUGGUGGGAUAUCCAAUGUCUUGGUGGAAGACCUGCAUGUCUGGAAUUCAGCAGCUGCAGUGAGACUGAAGACUGACAGAGGGAGGGGAGGAUACAUUUCCAACAUCACAAUUGCUAAUGUGGCCAUGGAAAGGGUUAAAAUUCCCAUAAGAUUCAGCAGAGGCUCUAAUGAUCAUGCUGAUGAAGGUUAUGACCCAAAGGCCCUUCCUAGGAUUAAUGGUGUUUAUAUUAAAAAUGUCGUCGGCAUCGACGUAGGAAAGGCACCGAUUUUGGAAGGGAUGGAGGGAACAAUAUAUGAAAAGAUAUGCUUCAGAAAUGUUAGCUUAGGGAGGAUAAGCCCUGAGGCCAGAUGGCACUGCGAAUUUGUUGCUGGAGAAGCUUAUGAUGUGUCCCCAAUGCCGUGCCGAGAGCUUAAGAACAAUGGUUCUUCAUCUUGGUGCAGAAACUCCUAGGCUAUGUAGACAGGAAUCAAGCUUUUCAGCCUCAACUCUGGUUCAUAGAUGACGAGGUGGAAUGGUCAACAACAAACUUGAAGUGUUAGUCCAAAAAGAGUGGUAUCUUGGAGAUUGGUUUGUUGUUUCUUUGUUUGUAUUUUAUUUUAUUUAGAAGGUUGGAUCAGAUACAAACUAUAGAGUGACAGAUAGGAUUUUGAAGAUGCAUGUUCCAUUUAUUUGUACUAAUUACUAACGAGAAUGAUAUAGGUUUUGUGAUUCUUUUAGCUAGGGAGUUCAUUCUUCAGUUGUUUUUUUUUAAAGCAAUAGUAGAAGAGACUGGAAGUUCCUUUUUGUUGAAGAAAAA